GAGGCAAACUUCAGCCUGUUUUCGACAGCUGUGGCUAAGUGACGUUUUAAAAUAAUGACACUUUGGGAGAGUUAGCAUGCGUUUAUAUAGCAGCAACGUUACUUUUUAGCACGGAAAAAACAGCCUCGACGAAGUAGAGGAAGGGGUUUCUGAUUUGACCCAGAUUACUUUUAAGGGGGGGACUACUGGUAGCCCAAAGGUGAGCUCGUAUUAGUGAGCUAUCGACGGCUAAUCCGAUGGGAAAAGGGUAAUCCGAGGGUGUUAAUCUGUUCACACUUCUUUUAAACGCUCUCGGGGAAAGUCCAGCAAACGGAGGAGUGUCCUGACGUUACUCCAACGGUCGAGUUUUUUAAGGUUCCGCUAAACAAGUGAGGAAAAUCUAACAACUUUGGGUAAAAACUGAACAUUAGGUCGGGAUAGUAACGUCUAGAAGCAUGCAGAGAAAACUAAAAGCCGACCAAUGGAAACUGGAGCAGGCUGGGGAAGUAGAAAGGGCCACUUCUUCUUCAGCAGGAGGUGUCAGAGGAGUGCAGCUCCUCUGGGCAUGAAACCUCAACCCUUUUUUUUUUCUCUCACCGGGGUAAGGAAGCGACACGAUGGCAGUGUGCAGGAGAAGAAGCCAACCCAAGCUACUGUUCCUCAUCUUUGGAGUGACUCUGGUGGGAUAUCUCAUACUUUCCAGACACAACUCCAGGGAUGACGCGACCAUUACGUUUGAACGGGAGGCCCCCAGAGGAAGACCGUUAGGGAAUGACGAGCUUAAAAAGCCCGUCUACGAGAAGCCUCCGCUGGAUCUGAACGCCCUGGGUGAAAUGGGGAGAGCUGUCAGGCUCAAUCUGAAAGGAGAUGCGAAAAGAGAGGAGGAGGAACACAUCAAAAAGCAUCAAAUUAACACUGUUGUCAGUGAUAGAAUAUCGCUGCACCGCAGGCUGCCUGAAAAAUGGAACCCACUCUGCAGGGAGCUGGCGUAUGACUACCUGUCCCUGCCUACCACCUCUGUGGUCAUCACCUUCUACAACGAGGCCUGGUCAACCCUCCUGAGGACGGUCCACAGCGUGCUGGAGACGUCCCCUGACAUCCUACUGAAGGAGGUGGUGCUGGUGGAUGACUUUAGCGACAGAGAACAUCUUAAAGAGCCAUUGGAGAGGUAUCUUGCAGGUCUGAAAAAGGUGCGUCUCAUCCGCACAACCAAGAGGGAGGGCUUGGUGCGGGCCCGGGUACUAGGGGCAUCCAUUACCAAGGGUGACGUGCUGACUUUCCUGGACUGUCACUGUGAAUGUCAUGAAGACUGGUUAGAGCCGCUCCUCUACAGGAUCAAAGAAAAUCCAUCGUCCGUGGUGUGUCCUGUCAUUGACGUGAUCGACUGGAACACUUUUGAGUACAUGGGGAAUCCUGGAGAACCUCAGAUCGGGGGGUUCGAUUGGAGGUUGGCCUUUACCUGGCACUCUGUCCCUGAGCAUGAACAGAGACGCCGUCGAUCUGCCACUGAUGUCAUCAGGUCUCCCACUAUGGCAGGUGGUCUAUUUGCCGUAGGCAGGAAUUACUUCCUUCACCUGGGGACCUAUGACACUGGCAUGGAGGUUUGGGGGGGAGAAAACCUGGAAUUUUCCUUCAGGAUUUGGCAGUGUGGAGGCAGCUUGGAGGUCCACCCAUGCUCCCAUGUGGGUCAUGUGUUCCCCAAAGGGGCCCCUUACUCACGAGUUAAAGCUCUUGCAAACUGUGUGAGAGCUGCAGAGGUCUGGAUGGAUGACUACAAACACAUCUACUACCACCGGAACCCCCACGCUAAGCAGACGGACUUUGGAGACGUGAGCGAGCGGUUGAAGCUCAAAGAGAGGCUCGGCUGUAAGAGCUUCAAGUGGUAUCUAGAAAAUAUCUACCCGGAAAUUCACAUCCCAGAGGAUCGCCCUGGCAUGUUUGGAAUGCUGAAGAAUCAGGGGACAAAGGACUACUGCUUUGACUAUAACCCCAAAGAUGACCAUCCUGAUAAAAUGUACGGAGAGAGGAUCAUCCUUUACCCGUGUCACGGCUUGGGUAAUAGCCAGUUCUUUGAAUACACCAGCGAUAAUGAGAUCCGCUUUAACAUACGGCAGCCUGUUGGAUGUGUCGUGGGUGACAACAUUAGCACGUACCUGAUGGUCCAGCGUUGUAAAAAGGUGGGGCAACCUGUACCUGAAGACCAGAAAUUCGUUCUCCGGUCGGACGGGGUGCUGUACCAUGUGGCGAGCGACAAGUGUGUUCAGGCGUCAGAAAAAGCAGUCAAUGGGGUCCAAGUACCCUCACUCCAACCCUGCUCUGGCACCCCACUCCAAAAGUGGCUUUUCAAAGAGAGGUCAUAAUGAUUUCAACAAAGUAAAAACACACUGGUUUAUUUUUCAUUCAGGUUUCAACAUCCUGAGGAGGGAUUUAGAGGAUGGAGGAUCUAGAUUUUGUCUUUAAGGGAGGAGGAAAUUUCCUCCAAACUUCGAAUUUUGUGCCAGCUUGGUUAAAUGGACCAAUAAUGAAAUACUUUGUAAAUAUAUAUUUGGGGAUUUUCUUUCCUUGGAAGCUGUUGCUGGAAGACAGGAAUAUAGUAUGUACACUUUUUUAUUAGAAAAACAUGCUGAAUUUCAUUGGAAACCAGCAUGUGUGAUACUCUUUUUUCCAUUUUCUUUCUUUGAAACUUGUGCAAUCUCUCAGAAUAAGACUGUGCCAGGUUCAUGCGCUCCUACAAAGAUCCUGAACCAUGUGCAGUAAGUGGCUGACAUCUCAGAGAUUCACAGAGCCACAGAAUGUUUACUUCUCCUCCUCUAGAGGGGGCUAACACUCCUUUAUGCAGGCUUUCCCUCCUUUCACUGUUCUCUCUAUUUGUCUGUGGAAAGUGGGACGAAUCUUAAUGUGUUUUGUAAAGAAUAUUUCAGGAGCGCUCGCUCCUCUUAUGCACAGUGGCUUAUAAAAAAAGCCUUAGAUCACAGGCAUUAUGCAAGUACCUCAUACCUCUUCAACUUAAUCACAGAACUACUGAUAACAGCAGAAACUCCAGUCUUAUUCCAUUCUUCCUCGAGUGAAGUCAUUUUGCAAUGCAAAUUUGACCGAGGUAAAACUAAAUGGGUCAGUCUGCAAGUUUUUUACUACUUUUUGUGAGAUUUUUUUUCCCUUCUUAGUUAUGCUCUUUGAAUGAUUUUAAACUGCAUAGGACUAAACUAUAGCCAUAUUAAGGGAUUUACCUCAUAGGAUGUCAAAUAUAGAUAGUCAAACAAUUUCAUUUCCUCAUAAUAAUACAUUUUUCACAAUUCCAGUGCAGACAUGUCUCAUUUUCAUCCAUAAUUUGGACAUUUUCUCUCAAUAAUGGUUAUUUGCAAAAGCUUAAACACUGACAUCAUUAGUAUGAGAUCAUAUUUUCCACUAAAAGCCAUGGAAAGUGCCUGACAAAGGAAAAACUCUGCUGUUUUUGUAAUGAAUGUAUAUUUUGUCAAACAAGGAUGCAGAAUUGAGCUGUUCCAACAAAAUAUCUGCACACUUAGAAAAACGCAUGCUCUUCUGUUCACAUUCCCGCAUGCACAGCCAAGACGGUGAUCCCUAGAGUCCCCAUGUAUUACUCUUGUGGGUUGUGCUGAUUGGGCCCGAGACUCUGUUUCCAUUCAUCAGAACCAGACAACUAUAGAUCCUUCUAUUCGAGCUGCGGUCACUUGUGGCUGUCCCAGAGGCUAUGCAGAGUUGCUGAGGGAAACGCAGCGAAGGCGUCGACAGUUGUCGGUGUCUCCAGAGCGCUGGGAUGCCAGAUGGCCUCCUGAUUGAUUUUCUGGUCCUCUCCCAAUUCUUUAUCAGCACCUCUCUUCCUCUCAGUGUCAGAGGUGUGCAGAGGAGGACUUAUCUUUUGGACUCUUGCCAGCCAAAUCCUCCUCACAUGAGCACUUGUAACUCGUGGGCUCUGGGUUUGAUUUAUGGAUUGAAGUCUACGAGAGUACAGUUUUUGACAGCAGAAGGAGAUAAUGGAGGAGACUGAAUGAAGCAAUUUGUGACCUCUUCCUUACCAUUAACCUUCACAGUCUGUUGGCUCAUCUGUCCCGUAGGAGCUCUGUUAGGAAUUGAUGUUGGUAGAUGAUCGUGCUGGUAUAGAUUUUUGCUAUUGAUUCAGAAUGUAAACUCAAUAAGAUGAAUGGAUAAUGAAAAGGGACCAUAUUGCUGGCACAGUAGUUAGGUAUCAGUAUUCCUUUAUUUGCCAAAUAACAAAAGCAUAUCAUAGAUUGUAAAGUUGAUGGUAGUGCUGCUACAUAAUGAGAUACAAGACAAUCUUAAUAGAACAGAGGAGAGUGCACUACUUUAACAGCAAUAUGGCAUACAUGUACUAUUGAACAAGGUGCAAAAUAUUGUCGAAAAAGUCGAAUCAGACCAAAAGUUAAAUGGUAAACAUUCCCAACAGUCAAAAAGAACCGUGCUUUGUGAUUGUGCAUACAGUAGUAAGGGAACCUCUCUCAGGAUUGAAAGACUACCUUAAGUGACAAGGUUGAAAUGUGCGGCUUCACUUUAGCUGCGUUUCCACCAGGUGGUCCAGUUUGAGAGCGGUUUGGUACGGUAAACCCCAAAAUAGUUUGUGUUCCACACACACCAGUACCCUCACUUGGUGGGUGGACUGUAGAAGGUAUGCAUGUGACGUCACAGGCAGUGUGGGUCUCUCUAGUGAAUGAGAGAAAUUGGUAGGGAAUAAGAAGUAAAUAGCUUUAUUUCAGCUUGAAAAGUGUUGUCAUUUCAAUAUCGACAUCUUAAUGAUGUUCACCACACUCUUCAGGAACGCUCUCGACAUAUAUUUAACCAUUUAAUUGCAAAAUGGAGAUACAGUUUAAGCUGGCAGAGAAGGCUCUGCUCUAAAGAUGCUCCCUGGGUAAGUCAAGCA